UAAGCUACCAAACACGCCUAAAAGAAUUAAAUUGGCACCUGUUUGGGCUUAGGAAAGUAAGAGCGCCCCACGCUGUGCAUAUUUUCUUUCCAACCGAGGAGAACAAAUUGGACCCAGAUCUUUCCAUGGCGUCUCCAUCUGAUUCCUCUGCACAAGAGGCUGCAGUAAGGAAGCAAAAGAAAGGACCCCCAAUUAAGUUCCUGGUCCCUCUUAUAUAUGCCCCUGUUCUUCCUCUAAUUCGGCUCUCUCUGCGAAGGAAUCCUGUAUUAAGGGAUCGUUUGUUUGGUGCUGUUUUGGCUGGUGCAUUUGCUCAUGGCUUUUAUUUGGUAACGGAUAUAUAUGAUGCGGAGAGCAAGUAAAUUUUCCCAAUCAGUGGUUGUGAUAUAGGAUUUUUGGUUACCUCUCUUGAUGAUAUUGGGUGAUUGGUGGUUUCUUUUGCGGUGCUCAACCCUUGGUGAAGCUUCAGGCAACACAUUCUAGUGACCUUUAAUAAAUAGCCUGGGACAGGUUUGAGAUUUACAUUUAUUUUAUUAUGGAGUAGUCGUACAUGUUCUUUCCUAAUAAAAGGAUUGGCUUGAGAUUUCUAUUGCCAUUUUAGUUGAUUAUUUAGUAAUUAAAGAAUGCUUAAGAGGGUUUUGUUCAA